CGCCGGCCUCCCUCUGAGGCUGGACCACGGCCGCCGUUUAGAGCAAUUACUCCAGCAGAGAACUACUGUCAAUCAUUCUUAAAGGGGAAGGAUUCCAAUUAAUAAACCUCUUAAGUCUUUUCCCUUUACCUCCAUUCUCUGGUGCGCUCGGUCGGCGCGGGCCGCGACUGCUGGGACGGCUCGGCCGUAAAGAUCAGGACCUGUCAGGCCGUGGCGUUUGAGAUGGGAAGGUUCUGUGUGAUUUGGAGUGUUUUUUUUUGUUCGCCAUUGUGACCAGAGUCGGUUAACGCUCGUUAACAGUUGCUAACGGCCGAGGAGGUGCCACCCCUGCAAAAAAACCCUCGUGCUCGCUCUCUUCAGCGUCAUUAGUGCAGAGACGGAAGCUGGAGCAGGACGCUGAGAUGAGGAUGGUCUGAGGAGUGCAAAAGCUGAAGAACUGAAGAAGCCAACUUUGUGUUCUGCACACAGAAGAUCAGCGCUUCCUUUUUUCUACUUAUCCUAAUUUUUCACUUUACACAUUACAUUUGUCAGUAUCUGAACCCUCCUCUAUUAACUGCUCUGGACUUUGGGCUGUAAAUUCCUUUCCCCUCUUUGGACAUUCGGUUGAUUUUGCUGCUCUGAGGAGACGCGCCCGACAAGUGGGUUCGAAUGCAUUUGUCUCUGGAUACCAUCAACAUGGCGGACGAUGGCUGCCUCUCGACCGACAACUACCACGACCUGGGGAAAGGAGUCGGCUCGGGCGUCGGGGGCCGGGUCCACAGCAUCGACGUCAUCCUCGGAUUCAGCAAAGACCAGGACCACCUGCUGAACCCGGUGGGAGCUGUGGGGAGCCAUAAAGUGGACGGAGAUGAUCUGGGGGAACAGGGGAAGCAUGUGACCUCUGACCCCUACGCCCAUCUGCCCAGCCUGUCUGACAACUCCCAGCAGCCGACCUUUCACGACACAGGACUCUUCUCCAGUGAUAAGUGUGAUGGAGACCUCAGUGAUCUUCACCGUGGAGGUGUGGAGAGUGAUAGCAGGUCUCCAGAACCCCCUGAGGAGGACCAGCCCAAGAAGAAACAUCGGCGCAACCGAACCACCUUCACCACCUACCAGCUGCAUGAGCUGGAGCGAGCCUUCGAGAAAUCCCACUACCCUGACGUUUACAGCCGAGAGGAACUGGCCAUGAAAGUUAAUCUGCCUGAAGUCCGUGUGCAGGUGUGGUUCCAGAACCGACGUGCCAAAUGGCGGCGCCAGGAGAAGAUGGACACCAGCAGCAUGAAACUCCAUGACUCUCCAAUGCUGUCCUUCAACCGACCUCCGAUGCCCUCCAACAUGGGGCCGAUGAGCAACUCCCUGCCCCUAGACCCCUGGUUGUCAUCCCCCCUUUCUAGCGCCACUCCCAUGCACAGCAUCCCAGGCUUCAUGGGUCCGGGCCAAAGCCUGCAGCCCGCCUACCCCAGCCACCCAGGGUUCCUCAACUCAUCUCCGGGCAUGGUCCAGGGCAUGCAGCCCAUGCCUCCUCCACCGUACCAGUGCCCGCCGGCGUUCAACGAUAAGUAUCCGCUAGACGACGUGGACCGCAGUACCAGCAUCGCGGCUCUGAGAAUGAAGGCCAAGGAACACAUCCAGUCCAUGGACAAAACCUGGCAACCCAUGUGAUGCACGGACUGGGAUUGUAUGGACAUGUAUGGACACGAUGUGAUGAGUGUGAAAUCUUAUAGGAUCCGUGCAAGGACAACACGUGUAAUCAGCACUGGAUGUGGGAGCUCUUCGGAGGUGCUCUACUUGACUUCUGUUAUCAGAAGCUCCUCAGCAAGGACUGAGGUUUCAUUUGUCAUUUUUAGAGUAGAAAUAUUUUGGAGAUAAGAUGAGAUAGUGAAUGAAUUUGUAUGCAAUUUUAUACUGGCUUUGUCUGGACUCAGCAAAAAAAAAAAAAUACUAAGGACCUCAACGGCUUCAGAAAACAGUCAUAACUUUGGAUUCCCAUCAGAACAAUCUUUAAAAAGGGUUCUUUAAAAAUUGAUUAUACUGGUUCUACUGUCAUCUCCCCCAUGUUUUUUACUGUCUAGAACCAUUUUCACUAAGUGUGUAGGCAUUUCAUGCUAUGUGCAUUUACACUCACAUGCCAAAAGUCAUGGCAUAGGAGCUAGUAUCAUGUCCCAUGACUUUUGUCACACCCUAUGGAAGCUAAAGAAAGCAGCACUGACCUGUUGGAUAUGUGUGUGGACACUCCUGCAUUGAAUGUGGAUGAAGUGAUUUCUGCCAGAGUUGCUUGCCUGUUUGCUUGGACAAUUCUAACCAGACACCGCCGGCCACGAUCAUUAUACGGUUAUAAGGGAACUAGUAUUGUGACCCAUGAAAUUUGCCACAUCCUAGGGAAGAUAAAAAACAGUAUUCUGAUCUGUGGGGUAUGAGUGUGUAUUAUAUCCUGCAUCCUGCACUGAAUGUGCAUAGACAAUUCUAGCCAGACACCACCGGUCACGAUCAUUCCCAUCCACUGCACUGUUAACUGUGCGUGGUAAUGCCAUGUUAAUAACAUAUUCCUUGACACUGUGGACCUGUGUUCAAUUUGAAGGACGCAACUGAUGUAUCCUUCCUUGCCCAUGAUUGCCUACACUUCACUGUGUAUAAACUACAUGAAGCAAAAAAAGAAAAACGAUAGUUAAGCAAAAAUGGUAGAAAAAAGCUUACAAAGCUUUAAAAGUUAAUUUUACAAUGUAACACCAUGCAUCAUUCAUGCAUGGCACUACCACAAGUCCGUGUGAUAUGGUUCCAUAGGUGUGACCAAUAGGCUACUGAGAUGGUGUCUUUAUAGGACGCCCAUACUGAAAACCUUUUCUACCUCAACUGCAGCUAAAGGUUCAGGUGCACUGGGGCGCAAAGGAAAUCUCAACCCUCUUUCAUAGCCGUGUACCUUUACAUUUGAUUCACGUAUGAUCUGGGGCUAAGAUUCAUUUAAAAAUAUCUGAAUUUUAUUUUUCUGGGCUGUAUUGUUGCAAAGAUACUAACAGAAACACUGAUAUGGCCAACGAGUCUGUGGACCCCGGAGGACUAGUUCAACUUUAAUUGACCAGUAAUAUGGUAAACUCAAAUUUGAUGUAAAUUUACACUUUUAAACAUUUUUAAAUUUACUUAAGUUUCAAACAUACUGAUUACUCUUUUAAACAUUUUAACAAAAUUAACAAAAUACAUAGUGGAGAAUGAACACCAUUAACUUUUAAAAUUAACGGGUUUGUGAGGUCACUUUUCACAAAAUGUGAAUCUGGCAGCUGUUCUUCAUAUUUUCAUAAAAAAUAUUGACCAAUAGGAAUGUUUCAGUAUGACUAGGAAUAGAAUCCUUAAGCAAUAUAUACUCCUAUCAAUCUUUCACCACAUUAAAAAUAUACAGCUCUGGAGAUCAGUUUCUGAAUCAGUUUCUCUGAUUUGACUGUUAAUAGGUAUAUGUUUAAGUAAAAUGAACAUUGUUGUUUUAUUUUAUGAACUACGGACAACAUUUCUCUAAAAUUCCAAAUAAAAAUAUUGUCAUUUAGAGCAUUUAUUUGCAGAAAAUGAGAAAUGGCUGAAAUAACAAAAAAGAUGCAGAGCUUUCAGACUUCAAAUAAUGCAAAGAAAACAAGUUCAUAUUCAUAAAGUUUUAAGAGUUCAGAAAUCAAUAUUUGGUGGAAUAACCCUGGUUUUUAAUCAUAGUUUUCAUGCAUCUUGGCAUGUUCUCCUCCACCAGUCUUACACACUGCUUUUGGAUAACUUUAUGCCUUUACUUCUGGUGCAAAAAUUCAAGCAGUUCAGCUUGAUCAUCCAUCUUCCUCUUAAUUAUAUUCCUUAGGUUUUCAAUUCGGUAAAGUCAAAGAAACUCAUCAUUUUUAUUGGUCUUUUUCCAGAGCUGUAGAUAUGAGCUUCACUGAUUGGCUGCCCUGUGUAGCUUCAGAGCUGCAACUUAUGACUUCAGAGCAAAUGGGUGGAGCUAAUGUGGUGAAAGCCCCAUAAGUUUAUGUAU